CGAGAAAAGGAGAGAUGGACGUGGCGGCGAUGGAGAUGAGGUGGCAAUGGAGAUGGAGACGGAUGUGGCAAUGAAGAAGGUGGAAGGAGGGGAACAUGGUGACAGAGGCGGCGGCAGUGAUGGAGGAGGAGGCGGAGGCAGAGGCGGAGGUGGUGAUGGAGUAGGACGUGGAGGCGAAGGCGGCGAUGGAGGAAGACAAGGAGGCGGAGGUGGCGAUGGAGGACGAGGAGGAGGAGGACGAGGAGGACGAGGAGGAGGAGGAGGACGAGGAGGAGGAGGAAAAGGAAGAGGAAGAAGAGAAGGAGGAAGAAGAGGAGGAGAAGGAAGAAGAAGGAAGAGGAGGAGGAAGAGGAGGAGGAAGAGGAGAAAGAGGAGGAGGAAGAGGAGGAAAAGGAGGAAGAAGAGGAGGAGAAGGAAGGAGGAAGAUGAGGAGGAAGAGGAGGAGGAAGAGGAGGAGGAAGAGGAGGAGGAGAAGGAGGAAGAGGAGGAAGAAGAGAAGGACGAGUAGGAAGGAGUAGAUAAGAAGACAAGAGGAAUGAAGAAGAGGAGGAGGA